ACAGCUGCAAGUAGAAAUUUGAUCGUGAUUUGUGAAACCCAUUAUUCCUGUUCUUCUACGACACCAAUCUCUUAGCUUGCAUAUUCCUUUUUCUUGUCUACUUCUCCUUCUUCAACCCGCAAACUCCUUUUCUAACAAUAAUCUUUUUGGGACAUUUCUGGAUACAAAAACUUCAAAUUCUAAUGGCAUCUCGUCGUCGAAAGCUUCUCAAAAUCAUCAUUCUCGGUGAUAGUGGGGUUGGAAAGACUUCACUCAUGAAUCAAUUUGUGAAUAAAAAGUUCAGUAAUCAGUAUAAAGCUACGAUUGGAGCUGAUUUCUUGACUAAAGAACUCCAAUUUGAAGAUAGGCUUUUCACAUUGCAGAUUUGGGAUACAGCUGGACAGGAGAGAUUUCAGAGUCUAGGUGUUGCUUUUUACCGUGGUGCAGAUUGUUGUGUUCUUACCUAUGAUGUAAAUGUCAUGAAAUCUUUUGAGAACCUGAAUCGGUGGAGAGAGGAGUUCUUGUUACAGGCGAGCCCUUCCGAUCCCGAUAAUUUCCCAUUUAUUCUGCUGGGUAACAAGAUCGAUGUUGAUGGUGGUAGCAGUAGAGUGGUCUCAGAAAAGAAGGCUAAAGCGUGGUGCAUGAGCAAGGGGAAUAUACCAUACUUUGAAACAUCUGCCAAAGAUGGUACGAAUGUUGAAGAGGCCUUCCUGUGCAUUGCUAAAAAUGCCAUAAUGAAUGAGCCCGAAGAAGAACUGUAUGUUCCGGACACCAUAGAUAUGACAAACAGAACGCAACCUCGAAGCUCCUCAGGCUGUGAAUGCUGAGACUGUUGAUGCCGACGAGAACUGCAUUCGAGGAUUGUUCCAUUGUUCUGUAAUAUCUGUCGGAAGUUUGUAUGUGAAUGUUUGUACACAUUUAAAUGGAGAAGCAGAGAGUAACUGGAAUAUAUUCACUUUGUGCCUAUUUGUUUACUCACCGUUUCAGAAUAAAAAUAUUUUGACGCUUGAUGUUAAAUGGGGAGAGAAGGUGGAUACUCCACUUCAUCU